AUGAAGUACUUUGCCUGCCAGCCAGAUAGCCACAACGGCUUUGGCCUACUAAUUGGCCACACACUUACCUACUUUGAGGUGGAAAACGCAGGGCGCAAGGAUGCUGGUCCUACAACAGCAACCUCCACCGCUGCCGCCGCCGCAGUUGGCAGCAGUAGCAAUCCUGCCGCGAUUGACGGCGACGAGGCGACAAGGGUCCGCGUGCAGUGCACCCUGACGCUUCCCCACGACUUCGGCAAGGCGCCGCAUUGCUUCGGCAUGGCAAACCGCUCGAUGUAUGGGUUUGACAUGGCAUUCGUAGGGGCGAGCACAGGCGUGAUGGCUGUUGUGGUGAUGCCAACACGUAGUGUGAUAUACGCCCCUGGACGGACCCUCGCCUCGCUCCGCACCCUCUCUACACCACCAACAGACGCUUCGGUUGCUGCUAAUGCUUCGGCAGCAAAGCAGUGCAAUGUGCCGUUCGUGGUUCCGCACUCUCCCGGUUCACCAGUUGAAACGCUACGUUCUCCAAAAUCUCUGGCUGCUCAGCCGGGGCUCGAGCAUGGCGUUGGGACCAUCACAUGGAUGCGUGACAAACCGCUUGUCUUUGUCGGGUUCAUGUCAGGGCGUGUCGAAUGGUAUAGUGUGACGAUCUCCGCUGCCAAACAGCAGGAGUACGCGUCGAAGGGAUCACGCGUGGUUGGGGAGGAUGCGGCACGCAGGCCAAACGUGGCGGAGGGCCCAAACUGCGGCGCGUCCCCACGGGUAGUAGAAACGACAGCAGCAGGAGUAGCAUCUAUUGAGGGACUAGGCAGCGCCGGCACGUUUGCACCGUCCACGUUGCAGCGCAAUAGCUCUCAGUGGCUUGGCACGGGACAGCAGGCGUACGAAGACGGGGACGGAGACGGCAUCCGCGUGCACUUGCACUUUUCUUGCAGCUUCCCCGAUACCGGGGCCUUCCUGACAAGCGACUGGUUCGCCGCGACCGGCUACAUUGUGGGUGGCGCCGAGCGUGCGGUGUACGUCUUCUCCACGGAGCAGCCGGGCUGCCCGCUGCACUGUGUGCCGCGGGUGGGCUGCAGCUUUCUCGCGUGCCACCCGUUCCUCCCUAUCGUCGGUUGUCUCGCGUUUGGGCGGUCUGCCGAGGCGGAGACGACGCCGGACGCCUGCGUGCUUUACGUGCUGGAGUGGGCACCAGGUCGCACGCUCCGCCAUGCGGCGCCUCGCCGCACGCUCGAGGCGACGCCGCGGCAGGGCGUGUACUACAGCUGUUCGUGGAAGUUCAGCUCCGACCUGCAGGUGGCCGUCUGCAACUUGGUGGAGGGUGCCGUGCACGUGCUGCACCUUUCGCCCUCCGAGGAGGGACUCGACGCGACGCCGGUGGGGACGGCGCAAGCCGCCACAACAGCAGCUGCUGCUGCUCCUUUUUUGCCACCGUCACCAUUUUUAUCGCCCCAGCACUUCUACGCGUUUACCCGCGAGCGCCAACUGCACCUCCCACUGCAUUCUCUUGUCAAUGUCGAGUUUGUCUCGGCUGCAACACACGCGCUGUCGGAGUUGACGCCGCCGCUGCCGCCGUCUGCCACUUCUUCCUUAGCUUCGCGACGCAGCAGACAUAGUCUGGUACCGCGCGAGAAUAUGCUGGCGGCUCGCAUGCUGAAUCUCACCGGAGCGAGGAAUAGGGACCACCGCGCCUCACUCAGUAAAACCGCCAUGAAUAUGACGGCUAAAACGAGAAAAACAUCGACAAGAACGAAAAAUGAAAUCGAUGACGUUGACAUAUGCGCAGCAGCAUCUGGUGGCGACCUUGUCAAGCCUGGACCAGGUGCCUUCUCACGCCUCGUCGGUGUUAACUACGCAGGGGAGCUCGCGUCAAUUCCCGUGGACGCGGACGCAACUCUCACCAUUCUGAGCCCAGACUGCUGCGCCAUCGGGCUCUGCGCGUCGGUGUUUGCCGCGUGCAGCGAUGGUGCUGCUGCUUCUUCUUCUCCGGCGGAGAUCGACAUGGAGCAGCGCAUGAAGCGGCGGCUGGAGACGGGGUUUGGUAUCCCCACCGACGCCAACGUACAGGCACUGCGGGAAUUGAACGAUCCAUCGGAAACGGACCUACGCGUGCUGUUUGGGUACAUUGCCAUCAUGGAGAAGGUGGGCGUGGUGGGCAGCAGCGGCCCUGUGCCGAGUGUCAUUGACCUGCUCUCGCUUCCCAACGCGCCAAGCACGACCCAGCUGAUGGAUAUGAAGCUGUUGCCGCACAACGCGGCGGUUGUGUGCCGUUCCUCCACCUCACGGAAUGACUCCAGGCGACUCCUUUUGCUGCAUCUGCUGGACUGGAUCCCUUCGCAGGAGUCCUCUUCGCGUGGCGAUGGUACGGCGAAGUGCUGCAUGCACACUAACCGUGAGACGGCUGAGCGUGCAGUGGCAGUGGAGGUGUUGCACAACCGCCGCCCCAGAGCAGCUGCGGUGCUGUUGCAGCAUCAGAAGCACAACCCCACGUACGCGGCGAUGGCAGGGUUUCUGGAGCACUACGACAGCACUGCCAACGUUCUACGUGGAACUGUUUCAGAGGUGCGAGACCGCUUCUUGCGGCAGCUCAGCCCAUGGCUGCUCGUGGCCUUUCUGCACGAACAAGACCGUGAGCAGAUUUACGUGAACACCGCAUUGCCGCUGUUGGACCGCGUCGCCAUCGCCGUUCUUCUUGAGCCCGACACGUCGCGACUCGUCUCCUUGCUCCGCGGCACCUUCGCACGAGAGUGCACCAUGGUACAGCGGCUGUUGCUGCUGGAGGGCAUUCGCGAGAGCACCUGUCCCCUGAUGCAGGGCAUUGUGGACUGCACGGGGGACUUCCAAUUGGCCGCCUGUCUGUUUGCGCGCAUCGGGGCACCCGCUGCUGCAGCGCAAGGCCUCAAUGUGGCCCAUUCUAUGGGCGCUGCGGUUCCACGCGACACCUUAGGGGGCGGCGGUGACGCUGGGAAAAGCAACAACAAUACCAGCAACGAAAACACACAUGCAUCUCAUCCCUGGCAACUCUGGGCGGCUGCAUACUGUACUUUCCUUAACAACGAGCAGGAGUUUGUGAAGCGCACGAUGUUUGAUUUGGCAUGCCAGCAGUUACGCGGGCUCCACGCCACCUCAUCCACGGUGUCGCAUUCACAGCAACAGCAGGAACGGGAGCGCGUGUUUAUUUCAUGCUCGAGACCGUCCAAUGUGGCCCAAUCUACAAGUGGACACGGCUCCCAGUGUGACGCACCUGAGCCCUACCUCCUGUCACAGCUUAUACUCAGUGGUGGCCAACGUCGCUGCUCCAUCUGCUCUGAUGUGGUGUACGUGCGGCGUCAAUGCGCACGUGACAGCUUCGCGUGGUGCACGGCGUGCCUUCACGGUGGACAUGCCAACCACCUGCAGGAGUGGUUUGCAACACACCGCAAAUGCCCCGUGUACGACUGCAGUUGCCGUUGUGAACAGGGCGGGGGUGUGCCGUAG